AUGAAAUCUCUAUCUGCCGCUUUCGCUUUGGCAUCUGUUGUAUCGGUGUCGGCGCAUUCCAUUUUCCAGGAACUCUACGUUAACGGCGUCUCUGCAGGUCACCUGGAAGGUAUACGUGUACCUGACUACGACGGCGUAUACAUAAUCUGUAAUGGUGGUAUCAACCCGUACCACACGCCUAUGUCAACGACCGUCAUCACUGUUCCCGUCGGCUCGACCGUCACCGCCGAAUGGCACCACACCCUUGAUGGCGCUAAUUCUGCUGAUUCUUCUGACCCUAUUGACUCUAGCCACAAGGGUCCCGUCAUGUCAUACCUCGCCAAGGUCGACAACGCCACGCAAACUGACGUUACAGGUUUGGCGUGGUUCAAGAUUUACGAGGAUGGAUAUGACGCCUCGUCAAGUACAUGGGCUGUUGACACAUUGAUCGCCAACGAAGGCAAAGUUUCUUUCACCAUCCCCGAUUGCAUCAAGCCGGGUCAAUACCUCCUUCGUCACGAGCUGAUUGGUGACUCUUACCCGGGUGCGCAGUUUUAUAUGGAAUGUGCUCAGCUUGAAAUCACAGGUGGAGGCAGUACCUCCCCUUCUACCGUCAGUUUUCCUGGGGCUUACGCAGGUUCUGACCCUGGUAUUACUAUCAACAUCUACCAAACGCUUAGCGGCUAUACCAUUCCUGGACCCGAAGUGUUCAAUUGCUAG